UCAGAGCUCUGCAACAACACGAGUUGAUUGAUGACUUACUUUAAUAAUAAAUUGAUCGUGCAGCAAAAAAGAACUAACAAUUCUAAACUUGAUUGCCUACCACGACGACUAAAAUCCAAAAUGUCUGACUCUGACAACGAGUAAAACUCGACUGUGUAGAAUUCUUCUACCUACUUACUUACUACGACUUAACAAAGAGAGACGCGCACCCAAAAAUCCCACCCCCGUCGUCUCCAUGGCAACCACCACCACGACACGGGGCAAUUGUAGACGCGUAUUCAAUAAAUUUCAUACAUAAACUUAUUUUACAUUUAACAGAUUGGUCGUGGCGUCGGAACUUUUCGCAAACACAACAAAAUUGACGCUAAUGCCUACAAUUAAUGUUUUAAAAAUGUAUUUAUAUGUACAUACAAUGUGGUUAACUGUCUCACUAAGAUGGAACAAAUUUUCAAUGAGGAAAAUUAUUCUUUGCGUAAAUUAUCAUUACCAAAACUCUUUAUCUGAGAUUCAACAUUUUAGGAAUUUUGUCAUCAGUGCUCCAUCAGUUUUGAUAAUAAGUAAUAAAAAUCUCAAUCCCAAAUUCUUUCGAGAUUUAAGGGCUUUCUCAUUUGCGAAAUUGUCCAUUGUAGCGAAACAUUCAAACCACCCUGUACAUUGUGUCGUACCGAUUUUCUUAAAGGUACCGAUGUCCGAAAAGAUUGCAAAUUUAGAAAAUCACAUCGACAAAGUGGAACAAGUUGUGGAACACCUGGAGCAAAGCCUUGAUCGCAUGGAGAAAUGGAUACACAAGUUUGACAAAAUAUGGAACCCGUCACCCCCACAAUUUGAAAAACUCCCACUGGUCGUGCAUCCAACCCGGUCCAGGUGUGAAGGCAUCAUUUGUCACACGUGUGGUGGUGUUCCGACUCCAAAGCUAAAAUUUUUUGUGGCCACUCACGACCUAACGUAUAAUUCUGAAGAGGUCAAAUUUCAAGAUCCAGCUUAUAACAAAUCCUGCGUUGCCCGCUCCAUGCCUUUGCGGCUUUUCACACAUAACUACAAUAAUCGUGCCCUUAGAUGCGUCCUAAUUCACGAUUCUGUUCCGAACCCUUCGUCACUUUUGGCGGUCCAGGCAGUAACAAAUAUCACAGUUCUAUUCAGCCCCAAGUCAAGUGGCGAUCAGGAAUCUCACAUUGCCCAAGUUGGCGCACCUGUGGAUAUUAUGUACACCCUCUACGCAAACCCAAGACCUGCCAUACAAUGGAAAAUCGGGGACACGGUACUGCUAGAAAAUUCGACUUUUGAACACUAUGAGGUCCUUCCUUUACAAACGAAGCACUAUUCAGCUUACAGCCCCCUGUACACGUCAGUUCUUCGUAUUAAUCCGUUCAAAAUCGAGGAUUUGCUUGUCAAAUUUCAAGCAAAUUUUACCAAUGAGUACGGCUCCUUAGUGGUCUAUCAGAUUAAAAUGAUUCUCAAAAAACUUCCACCCGAUACAGAUAUUGAAAAGUACCGCAAACUAAGUGGACUCAUCAGAUCUCGCAGCGUUCCAGUAAACGUUAGAUCCCACGCGUCCGAAAUCACUGAAAACAUCUUUCCCUCCGAUAUCUGGAUCGUCAAGGGAAACGCGACCUUUCAAAAUCUCCAAUCCAAAUUAUGUCUCUCGGACACCGGAGUUUUAAACACUACCAUCUGCGCGGACAAUGAUGACUCUCAAAAAUGGACGAUUUCUUCAAAUCAGUCAAUUUCGAAUGUCCAGUCUGGCCGGUGUCUCACUCUUCACCAACAUCCGUACAAUCCCGUACGACUUGGAGCUUGUGUGGAAAACCAUGUCUCGCAACUAUUCGAUUUGUGGGGUUCUCUGAGACCCCCCUUCCCAACUAAAGAUGGGCUUCGGGUUAAAUCCGUUCUAAUGGACGAACACUAUCAGGCCUGCCUCCAAGACGUGGAUGGCCUCAUAACGAAAACCAACUGUACGCCAUCCUCCGGAACCUGGAUGUGGGUAAACAAUUCGAUACAGAGUUUCGAAACGGCACGCUGUUUGGAUGGACUGUCAGACACGCUAGGACGACUGUACAGCCGGCCGUGCACCUCAGAUUAUUCAAACUACCAAAGAUGGCGGUUCCACAUGGACGGGAGUAUUAUUAAUGAGCGGACGGGGAAAUGUGUGACUACCCGGUACAACGGAAUAUACUUGAACCCCUGCUUAUCAACCAGUAAUCAACGGUAUAACACUAACGGAGGUAAUGUUAUAAUUCGACGAUUAGAAGUCUUCGAGCCUAGCCUUCAUCAAGAUUUUGGGAAAACAAAUUUGUGUCUGUCUGAUGAAAAUGGAGACCUCGUUUUUGAAACGUGUUAUAUUAACGAGGAAUAAAAGUGGAUUGUGAACAAAGUUUUUGGCGGAGGCGUUCAAAAUGUGAAGAGCGGCAAUUGUCUCGCUUCUCGGAGUGCGGAGUAUUCCAACGGUACAGUUGUAGUGAUUCCUUGUGCUGUGAAUGGAACUGAGGAGCUAUUAUUUCAACAGUGGAACUUUGCCGAGUUUAGUUGGAUACAAAAUAUGCAGUUUAAUGGUUCCUGCCUCUCUGCAGUUCAUGCCAGUGGAAAAGUUAGACCACAACUAUCUCUUUGCAUGUUUGCCAACCAUGUGAAAUUUUUUCCUUAAAUGUUUCGAAAUUUUUUCAGUGUGUAAAUAUUGGAAUUGCCCGUUUUCACAAAAAACUUGAUCAUUUAAUGUUAGUAUGUAUGUGCAUUGCUAAAAGUAUUGUAACCCUUCCAAAAUGUAAAUAAAUAAAUGCACUCUGAAAUUCAGAGUCUGAAUUUAAAC